UGGUUACUUUAUAUAAUAAGACGCAGCCAUGGAGUGGCAUUCACUGCUCCUUUAACGUCUGAGUAAAUAUUGAGGAAAUCGCAAGCGGAAGCAGAAGCUGCGGAAGCAUAUGUGGCAUGUGCGGAAGCGCAUCUUGGAUAGGUGUGCGUUUAGCCGAAUUCAGCGACUGGUUCGCCGCUCGCGUUGGUUGUUGCAUCUUGCAUCGUUGCAUGGAUAGUGUUGUGUUGUUUUUUCAAUGUGAUUAGACAAGAUAUAUGCGGUACUGGCGGUACAUCGUACAUCUGUGUCAAUUAUAAACCAAUCGCGCAAAGAAGUUUCUUACGAUGUCAGGAAGGGGAUCAAGAGGACAGUAUUAUUACGGUCAUGAUGACCGUGGCGAUAGAGGCGGCAGAAGUAGAGGUGGUAAUAGAGGCAGAAUGGGCAACAGAGGUGGAUUCGGCGCUCCGAUGCUGCACCGAUCCUCCAGGAACAAGUACAAAGGCGGCUACAAAGGAUAUGGUAGCCACCGGUCAAGGUUAGAAAACACGGACAGUGAUGUUGACAUGGGAGGAACCAGUGGUAAUCUCUCGGACAACAUGAGAGAGAGGUUUAAGCCAUACGGCAGGAACAGAAAAAAGAGGGGAACAAUCACAAGCAGAGGAGGUGUGGAGUAUUACAUGCCCCCGCAGAGGCAGACAAGAGACGGUGAGCCGUCAUGGUUCAAGAUAGUGAUUCCACAAGGGAAGAAAUUCACUAAAGAGUUCAUCCUCAAGGAACUCACUGCAAAGUCAGAGCUCCCCUUUGUACCAUACAACUUUCAGUUUGAUGGAAGUUUUGCAGUCUUCUUUAUCAACGACUACAAAUGUGCAUCUUCUAUCAAAAGGCUUGACAAGACUAUUGAGACACCAUCUGGGUUCAAAAUGAGCAUCAUCUUGAAAACUGUGGAGUUUCCUAUGCUCAAUGUCGAUGACAGCUUUGUGGAGAAGUUGAAGGUGGUGUUAAGCAGACGCUACGAUGCGUCCCAAAAGGUGUUAGACCUUUCACGGUUCCACCAGGAUGAAUUGUUCCGUGCAGAAGGCCUCUUCGUCCCCCUAUUUCGUGUUUCUGUCCUCUCAAGCGUCAUCAAGCUUAUAGUCGACAACGUGCCCGAGGUUCAACUUAUGGACUUUUCGGACAACAAGCUUUCCACCCUGCAGCCACUGGAGAUGCUGCAUCACAGGUGUCCAAACCUAAAAACACUUCGCUUCCGCAACAACAAGAUACGCCGGAUGCUGGAACUCGAUUGCAUGAAGGGGAUGCCUAUUGAGGAGCUGAUUUUGGAUGGCAACCCCGUGUGCGAUAUCUUCAAAGAUCAGAAUUCCUACAUCAGCGCCAUUCGAGAACGCUUCCCCAAGGUUGUUAGGCUGGACGGUCACGUACUUCCAGCUCCCAUUUCCUUUGACUUAGGAACCCGGGAGGUGAUUCUACCAUCAAAGCCAAGCUUCUUUCCAUCGGCCCCUGUCAAGCAGAUCAUGGUACAGUUCCUAGAACAGUACUUCUCAAUAUUUGACUCUACAGACAGAAAUGGUUUGUUGGAUGCCUACCACGACAAUGCUGUACUGUCAUUGACAGCGACAAAGCUACCAUCUUCUCGGUCUGAUGUGAAAGAUUUUAUAAAGGACAGUAGGAAUCUUCUGAGGCUAUAUAACUCAGAAGCCAAGAUGGAGAAGCUCAAGAUUGGCCGUGUCAACAUAGUAUCAUUUCUGAACCAGCUGCCACAUACCCGGCACGACCCGACGUCAUUCACGGUUGACGUGUCGCUCGUAGAGUCCUCCAUGAUGAUCUUUGCUGUGUUUGGGGCAUUCAGAGUCGUGCAGAGAGGGGGUAACUUGUCCGGCCUGAAGAGCUUCAUGAGAACAUUCAUCAUCGUUCCACAGGGAACAGGUUUUUCCAUAAUCAAUGAAACCGUCUGUAUAACCGGUGCAACUGACGAACAAAUGAAGGCAUUUCCUCUUCCUGAAGAUAACCCUGAGAAGACGCCGUCUUCUACACAGGCUCCAAUCAUGGACAAGACAAGGAUGAUCACAGAACUCUGUCUACAAUCACGCAUGAAUCGAGAUUUUGCAGCAAGGUGUUUAGAACAAAACGAGUGGGACUUCCAGAAGGCUCUGAACGUCUUCAACGAGCUCAAUGUGCGAGGGAGCAUACCACCAGAAGCAUUUCAGACGUAGCACAAAUCUGCGAGAAGAGCUGUAAAAACUGUCUUUUGUUGAACACUGAUCACAACACCUUACACUCGUUAAUUUUGGGCUUCAAAUAAAACAGAGAAGAUGCGGCACCCAUUUGGGUCAAACACGGGUGCGUGCAUGACUUGUAAAUAUGCAUUAAAAUGAACAAUGACAAAUCGCCACGUUUUAUAUUUUUAAAACAAAGUUCAGCAAUAAAGCAAAUUGUGAACAUUGAA